CUAUCAUAAAUUUUAUCAUCAUGUUCAUGUGUAUCGUUGCUUUACGAAUAGACCAAAAGUUCAGAUGAUAAUGAAUAUUUCAAAGGAUAUGUUGUAUUUAUCCAUUAUUGCUUUGUCUUAGUUAUUGAUAGAAAAAAAGAUGUUAUGGAGAACAAGUCCCUCUCAUCUAAAACGACGCCUACAUGGCAAAACUGCGUCCACUGUCCGAGCUUGUUGUUCAGCAGUGCUUUGGAAUUUGAAAGACAUAUUCAGGACAAGCAUAGUAUAAAGGAGGGAUCAAUUAUACUAUGUCAAUAUGGGCAGAACGGUAUAUGCUCCGCUCUGCAAUUUGGUGACCUACGAAAAGCAGGUUUUAAAUACCAUGUAAGGGAAUACCACCUGUAUGCCAAAGGCGGUUCAGAAGAUUGGACAUUUUAUUCAUCAUCACAAAAUCUUCCAGCUGUGUUAAAUGAUCCUAAUAAGGGUAAACAAAGUAACUUUUUUACUAAAACAUGGGGUGACAGUUUUGUUGAAAAAGUUGAUAUUCAUCCUAGUCCUUACUUACCAGAUAUAGGCUUAUCACAUUUUGAGUCAUAUUGUAAAAAAAUAUCAAGAAGAUAUCGGAGACACUGUCAAUUAAAGGAAGCCCCACCUGUCAAAAGCAAGCUCAAGGUUGCUGUGGCUGAAGAAAAUAUCUGUGAAGUACCUAAUAUAUUUUAUUCCCAGACAUUACUAUUGAAUGAUCCACAAAUAUUUAGUCAAGUGUUUCCAGGUCUCUCAAAUUCUUCAGACUCUAGCUCUGCUAUAAGAUCCCUACAAGAAACUUUGAGUACUUACUUGGAUGUCAUAGAGAUGAAAAUAUCAAAACAAGUUGCCCAAAAGUCUGAUGCAUUUUUUCAUGCAAUGCUUUCACAUGAUACUAUAAUGGAACAGAUGGCUAAAGCAGUAAAAACAGUACAAAUUACUAGAUGUAAUAUAACAACAGUCAAACAGAAUUUAACCCAGUGUCCUCUGCAACUGAUAAGCCUUACAAGAAUCAAUAAUAACCUAAAUAAUGUGUGUGAGUUAUUAAAACUAAUAGGAACAGUGCAGCAAACACAACCUAUGAUACAACUAUUACUUAGUACAUCAGACUAUGUAGCAGCUCUAGAUUUAAUAAGUUCUACUCAAAAAGUCUUAUUAACACGCCUUUCAGGCAUACAAGCUUUUCGUCACCUUUCACCACAACUGACUGAAAUGAGAAGGUUAAUACAUAAAAUGUUGAGUAAUGAAUUUCUUAGAUUUAUUGUGACUGACUUAAAUAGACCACUAAUAGAUCUUACUGAUUUACCAGAUAAGGACAAAAUAGUUUCUAUAGUAUCUGGUAUACUUCGGCUAAAAGAAUUUGAUUUUCUUGAUAUCUUCAAAGCUGAAGCUAUGACCUCAAUUCAAGCAACUAUAAAACAAUGUGUCAUAGAAAUAAUCUCUGAAAGGGAUGGGAGUAGUGAAAUAGUAUUAAGAGGCUCUCAGUCUGAUAACACCUGGCUCAUGUGUAAUGAAGGUAUUGUUUUUCUUCAAAAAGUGACACCAAACUUAGUAAUCAUCUUCAAAAGAAUUUUGUCUUUGAGUAGUUUAAUUUUAGACAUUAGUCAAAUGGAUGAUGUAACUGGAAAUGAGAGUGAAGAAAUGUGGACACAAGAUGAAAUAGCAUCUAUAAGUGAUAAGAUUAAGAAGAUGAUAGGUUCUCUUUCAGAUUACUGCAAUGAAAGAUGUGCCAAUCUUAUAGUGACCAAGACUGAUAAGGAUUACAUAUUUUCAGAUCUUACACAAUUGGCUAAAUUGACAGAGUUAAUAGAUGCUUUUUCAAAUGAGUGUGAAAAAAUAACUGGACAUUACAGCAACACAAUGAAGUUGGCAUUAAGAAGUUUUGCCAUGAAAUAUAUACAGAGUCUGCAUACAGAACGCAGGUCUCAGCUCACUGCUACUUUAAAUGCUGAGAGAUGGAAAAUGGCUGAUGUUCCUUAUGAAUUGCAAAGUGUUAUUCAUAAAAUUUGUGAAUUUGGUAAAAUACCACAUACACUACAUUAUGAAAGUGGUAGACCGGAUGGAAAGUACUUAGUUAUCAAUAAAGAAAACUAUGCAGUUGUGGCUACAGUUCAACUCCUUAUUAAGAUUCUAUUAGAAUAUUGUGAUGCAACCAAGCAGUCCCCAGACAUAGUACAGUACUUAGUGCAUUGUAUGUUAGAACUUAUAAGAUUAUUUAAUUCCCGUUGUUGUCUGUUGGUUUUGGGUGCUGGAGCAAUACAAAGUGCAGGUCUGAAAACAAUUUCCACAUCGAAUCUGGCACUUGUAUCAAGAUCAUUGCAAGUUGUCUUAUGGCUUUUGCCUUUGAUAUUAGACUUGUUAGAGAAGUUACAUUCUAAGGAAUUGACACUAAACGGUUUCGCCAGUAUAGAAAAUGAUCUAGUUAACCAUAAACAAGAAAUAGAGAAUAAAAUUUGUGUUAUAGUUAGUACGAUGCUCAGUUCUCAGCUGUCUAGCUGGGAUGCAAAACCUCCAGUUCCUUCGCAGACAUUCCGGAAUAUAUCUAAGCACCUUGUGAAAUUACACGAAGCACUUAUUGAUAUCCUGCCUAUAGAACAAAUAAGGUCCAUUUAUAUGAAAGUACAUGAUAAUUUCAAAGACAAGUUAAGAGAACAAUUAGUCAAAAUGAACAUAGUCGCCAAUGGUAGCCCUCAGCAUGGAGUGGUUACCUCAGAGUUAACUUUUUAUCUUCAAACUCUGAAAACUCUUAGGAUAAUAAAUGAAAAUGAUACUGAAGAUAACAUACUGUAUGAUAUCUGGUUAAAUUAAAUUACAUGUACAUAGUGGAAUAAAAGAUGUUUCAUAUGUGUAAAAAUAUAGUAUGAAGUCAUCAUAAAGUAUUUUACUA